CACUUUAGUGGUUGAUAGCCAACUGUGAAAAUCAAAACAGCUAUAGUUCUAAAUAAAAUGUCGCCGACUUACUGUAAAAUAAUUCAUCUAUAGUUUUGACUGGAAGAGAUUAAGUUUACGUGUUUGCAAUUGUUUUUACAACAAAUUUGCUAGUUAACAAUAAUUGCUCAAAAAUUUCGUCGUACAUAACUGAUUUAUGUAGUUACUUUUCGUUCAUAUACUUGUCCUUUACUUGGAUUCGGAUUAUUGAUUGAUAUUGAUUGAUUCAUCAUUUGAAAUCAUUUGAAUUUUAUUAAUAUAAUCCUCCGCAAUGUGAAUUGCAAAAAAUAUUUAAACUAGCGGUAUAUUUAAAAGAAUGUAUAUUUUUGUUGUUUAAACUUAAAAUUUAGAAUAAAAAAAUGGCUUUCCUAUGUCCAGUUCGUAUACGUCGGGGAAAAAAGAAAAAACCUGGUUCUCACAAUUUUAAUUUAGAAAAAGACGGGCUAAGCAAUCUCAGUGUGGGAUCUAGCAGAGUUCAUUUACCUCCUGGACGGAUCACUGGAAGUGCAAGUAUUGAAACUUUGGUCAGGGUUGGUAUUGAAAAGGAAAAUGGUCUUUCACCUGACAGCAAGAUGGUUAUAAUUCACGAUUUUACACCUUGUGUAGAUGAUGAGCUUCAAGUUAAACGAGGACAAGUAGUCAAUGUUCUCUACAGAGAAAAUGAUUGGGUUUAUGUGAUUGCUGCUGAUACAAGAAUGGAAGGGUUUGUUCCUCAUUCUUAUUGCGUGCCUUAUACAUCACAACUUGCUGAACAAACUCUUGCCAGUUUGAUAAAUAAUGUAAAGAAAAAAAUACCACGAUCGAACGAUGGUGAUGGGGAUAAUACAAAUGCAUCUAGACCACAGGCAUUGGAUUCGCAGCAUACAGACACUGGUUCUGCAUCUGAUUGUGAAAGUUAUGCAAGAAAUAUAGCUUCAACGGAUACGAAUGCUAAUCGAACUAAUAUAACACAAUCUCAAAACUCUGUUCAGGCUGUUCCUUUCCAACCUGAUAUUCAUCCCUUUUUCAAAGACCCUUCAGCUGGUAGAUAUAUCGUACUUUAUACGUUCGUAGCACGAGAUGAGAAUGAUGUGAGUGUUGAAAGGGGUGAAUUCGUCACAGUUUUGAAUCGAGAUGAUCCUGAUUGGUUUUGGGUUCUAAGACACUGUGAUGGUAAUGAAGGCUUUGUACCAUCAGGUUUUGUUUAUCCUGGACACGUAUUGCAUUCAUAUUCAACGACAGUAACGAAUACAACACCAACAGCAACUACUGCUGAAGAUUCACACGAUUUAGGUGUAAGGAAUGGGAAUAAUCUAGGUAACGAACAAUUGCAACAGAAAGAUUUGCGAGACUUAAGGGAUGAAAUUACGGGAACUGAACUAGUUGUGUUAUAUGAUUAUAAGGCGCAGGCGCCAGAUGAUUUAUCUGUGAAACGAGCUGAUUGGAUUUAUGCAGAUCUUGGUAAUCAAACGGUUGAUGGAUGGCUUUGGGCAUAUGCACCUAAAACUCGAAAGUAUGGUUUCAUUCCUAAAGCUUAUGCUCGUCCACCUGCUAUGACCAGCCUCUAGUUUAUAAAGAUUCUUUCGUACUCUAAUGUUUUAUACUUUUCUAUAUAACAAUAAAAAUAUAAUAUAAUUAAAACUUA